UAAAUUUUUCAUUCUUAACAGAAUUUUAUUUCUCAUUGCGCACUGUCAUGUGCAGAAAAUGAUAAUUUUCAAGGUUUAUUACAUGUUUUAAAACACGCCCUUUCUUGUCUACUACACCCGCAUGUUUUAUAACCUCCAUGACCUAGACAAAAAAAAAAAAAUACAUAACAAAUAAACACAGAUAAAUAAAGACUCCAAAAUAACAAAUGUCAAUUUAUUUGGUCUUUUAAAAAAUUAAAAAUAACUGCAACAAUAAGUUUUAAAUAAUUGACAAAGAAAGCACAUAAACUUUAAUCCCAUAAAUACUUCAGGGAUUCUAAACUUAGUCCAAAGUUAUGAACAAAUGUCCCAAUUGCGAAAAACAAAUAAAUUUGACUUCAUCAAGGCUCAUUGAAGAUAAUUGUGGACACAAAAAGUGUCGUAUUUGUUUACUUCAAGAAGAGCAAGGAUGUAUGACGUGUAUUCGACUUCAAAAUGUUGUCGAUAACAAUGAAUCGAUGAAUAAUACAAAUUCAUUGGAAGUUGAUGGACAACACUCCAAUAGUCUAAAUUUUAAUGAACCUUUAACUAAUAAUGACAAACAAAAUGAAAAAAAAGAUGAAAACACUUUAGUAACAACAAUAAAAACAUCAAAAAAAUCACCAAAAUUAAAUACAAAAAAAACAACAGAUCGUAGUCACAUAAAAACCAUUCCAGGAAUUCCAGAAUCAUAUCAAUGUGAAAUAUGUAAAAAAACAUUUAAAAAUAAGAAAAGUCAAUGUUAUCAUGAUGUUUGUGUUACUGGUAUAAAACCUUAUCAUUGCAAUAUUUGCAAUCGUUAUUUUGUUAAAAAAUCACAUUUUGAAUAUCAUGAAAGAGUUCAUAGUGGUUUUAAGCCAUUUCAAUGUCAGCUAUGUUCAAAAGCAUUUCCCCAAAAAAAUAAAUUAAAUCGGCACAUGUUAUCUCAUACUCAUGAAAAAAAAUUUCUUUGUUCAACUUGUGGUAAAAGAUAUAGUAAACAAGAAGAUUUAAAAAGCCAUAUGUUUGUACAUUCUGGUACAUUGCCUUAUACAUGUGAAAUAUGUAAUAAAACAUUUAAAAUACGAACAAAUUUAAAUAGACAUAUUAACAUUCAUUCAAGUGAUAGACCAUUUGCUUGUCAUCAUUGUAAUAAAAGAUUUAAAGAUAAAUCUUUGCUUGUUAGACAUGAACGAACACACAGUAAAGAAAGACCAUAUUCUUGUGAUCAUUGUGGCAGUGUAUUUAUAUCAAAAAGUGAAUUGUUACGACAUCUUGCAAUUCAUUCAGAUGUAAAACCUUUUUUAUGUCAAACAUGUAAUACUAGUUUUCGUAGAAAAGAUAAUUUAACACGUCAUAUACGUCAUCAUCAUACAAAAGGUACAGAUAACUGUAAUAAUAAUAAUACUGAAGUUGAUAAAAAAUCUAAAGAAGUUAAAGAUAAAAAAUUAGCUGUUAAUACAAAUUUUAAAAAUCCAAAAGAAAAAUUAAGCUCAAUUAUUAAUCAUAAUUCAAUAGAUGAUAAUAAACAAGCUAAUUUAGGUACAAAAAUUGGUGAAAAAAAAAUUGAUAAAAAUAUUUAUCAACGUAUUAAUGCAAUUGGUAAUUUUAUACCAGUUAUAAGAGCACCAGGUGAAUUGAGUAAUGCAGUACCAGUUAUAAAUGGACCUAUAAAUUUAAAAAAAUUCGAAGAAAUGUCAAAUUCAAGAGGUUUAACUCAUCUAGAAUCAAUUCCAUCAGCAGCAGCUGUUCAAAUUAAUCAAAGAAUUGAAGAAAAACUUUAUCUUCAAAAUUCAUCACCAAAUGAUUCUUAUUUUUUUCAAGAAAAUUCAAAUUUUCAAGAUUCACAUUGUCCAAUACGAGUUGUAAACCAUCAAAAACAUUCAACUCAAAUAACUGAUCAACGAAAUUCAUCAAAUUUAAAUUAUUCAUCGACAAAUAAAUUUGAUUCAAUUGAAAGUCAAAGUUUAACAACAAAAAUUAAUUGUAAUUAUGAUAUUGAUGGUGAGAGUAGUAUUGUUAAAAUUGGUGAUUAUGAUAAAUCUAAAAAAUGCACUAUUUUAAUGGAUGAAAAAAUUAAUGAUAAUAUUAUUAAAAAAGAUAAAAUAAAUAUUGUUUCAUCAAUCACAAAAAAAUGUGAUAAUACAUCAUAUUUAGAAAAUGAUAAAAAUAUUGAAAAAAGUCAUUGGCGAAGAAGAACAUCUGAAACUUUAAAAUCAUUUGCAAAUUAGUAAUUUUUUUUUUAUUAACAAAUUCUUUUUAAUCGUAACAUUUAUUUAUUUUUUAAUUGAAAAACAAUUUUACCUGAAAUUUUUUUUUUAUUUAUUCAAUUAAUUUUUAUAUCAACUAAUUCAAAGAUGUUGAUUUUAUUUUUGCGUCAAUUAAUUAUUAAAAUCAAUUUUGAUCAAAAAACAAAAUUUAGCCAAAUAAUAAAUGUACAAAAUAAUUUUUAUUAAAAAUUAAAAAUAAUGUUAUACAAAAUUUUAAAAUUUUAAAAUCAUUUUCUUUUUUUCUUUUUUUUUUUUUUUUCUGUACAAAAAAUGUUAUUUCGUUGAAUAUUAUUAAAAGCUUGACUAGAAUUAACUGUGUUUGUCGUAGAUAAAAAUGUAAAAUAAAAUGAUUAAUUUAAUUAAAUAUAUAUUUAUUAUUUUUUUGAUUUUGUUGUGUGCCAUGUUAAUCUGUCCUCGUAAUAUCUUAUUACAACUUGAGGGCACAAAAUAUUUGCUUCUUUUGCAG